CCGCGCCUUGCUCCCUCCUCCACACCACUCCCUCCUCCGCCGCCUCCCCUCGCUUCCACCCCCUCGACCCCCACAGCCAAACCCUAGCUCUCCGCCCCGCCAUGUCCGUCGCGGCCGCGGCCGCCUCCCUCGUCGCCUCCUCUUCGCUCUCCGUUCCCGACCACCUCCGCCUCCGCCGCCCCCCGCCACCGCUCCGCUUCCGCCGCCGAUCAAAGGACCGCCUCGUUCUUGCUGUUCUCGAGGAGAAAUCCUCCUCUGCGUUUACUGAGGAGGAAGCCAGGAAGUUCGGGCUCAACGGGAGCGCGAGCAGGCUCGGGUACGACGAUGCCGCGGUGGAGGCGUACCUCGGGUCCAACGGCAACGGAAACAGCAACAGCAACAGGAGUGCGAGUGGGAGUGGGAACGGCGCGAGCGUGAAGCCCGUGCCAUCCGGGUCUGGCACUUCUGUGGUAUCCGGCCGUGGGCCGGGUGAGGAUGAGAGGAGGAAGGAGAGAGUGGAGGAGAUAGGCAGGGAGGACGCAUGGUUUAAGCGAAGCGACGGAGAGGCCAUGCCCAAGGUGUCUGUUGUUCCUGGUGGUCGUUGGAAUCGGUUUAAAACCUAUUCAACGAUUCAAAGAACCUUGGAGAUAUGGGGCUCUGUCUUCGCAUUUAUAUUCAAGGUUUGGCUCAACAACCAGAAGUUCACUUAUCGAGGGGGGAUGACGGAAGAGAAAAGGGUAAUGAGGAGGAAAGUUCUUGCCAAGUGGCUCAAGGAGAGUAUUUUGAGAUUAGGCCCCACAUUUAUUAAAAUAGGACAGCAAUUCUCCACCAGGGUGGAUAUUCUUCCAAAAGAAUAUGUGGAUCAAUUAUCUGAAUUGCAGGAUCAGGUCCCUCCAUUCCCUUCAGAGACAGCUGUGUCAACUAUUGAAGAAGAGCUGGGAGCAUCUGUAAAUGAGAUAUUUGAACGAUUUGACGUUGAACCAUUAGCUGCUGCUAGCCUCGGCCAGGUUCAUCGGGCAAGCCUAAAUGGCCAAGAAGUUGUACUCAAGGUGCAAAGGCCUGGUCUGAAAGAGCUGUUUGAUAUUGAUCUGAAGAAUUUAAGGGUAAUAGCAGAAUACCUUCAGAAAGUGGAUCCCAAGUCAGAUGGUGCCAAGAGAGACUGGGUUGCUAUUUAUGAUGAAUGUGCAAAUGUAUUAUAUCAGGAAAUAGACUAUACCAAAGAAGCAUUUAAUGCUGAAAAGUUUGCUGAAAACUUCAAAAAUAUGGAUUAUGUGAAGGUUCCAGAAAUUUACUGGGAGUAUACUACACCUCAGGUUCUAACAAUGGAGUAUGUCCCAGGAAUCAAAAUAAAUAGGAUACAGCAGAUAGAUAAGUUAGGGCUUGAUCGGAAAAGGUUAGGCCGGUAUGCUGUUGAGUCCUACCUUGAGCAGAUUUUAUCGCAUGGAUUUUUCCACGCCGACCCGCAUCCAGGGAACAUUGCUGUUGAUGAUGCCAAUGGUGGGAGGCUUAUCUUCUAUGACUUUGGGAUGAUGGGAAGUAUUAGCCCAAAUAUCCGCGAAGGACUGCUUGAAGUAUUUUAUGGAGUUUAUGAAAAAGAUCCUGAUAAAGUGCUUCAAGCAAUGGUUCAAAUGGGUGUCCUUGUUCCUACUGGAGAUAUGACAGCCGUCAGAAGAACAGCUCAAUUUUUCCUGGAUAGCUUUGAAGAGCGUCUAGCUGCACAAAGGAAAGAGAGAGAGAUGGCAACCGUGGAACCUGGAUUUAAAAAACAAUUAUCUAAGGAGGAAAAGUUUGAAAAGAAGAAGCAGAGACUUGCAGCUAUCGGAGAGGAUCUUUUGGCAAUUGCUGCUGAUCAACCAUUUCGGUUUCCUGCCACCUUUACAUUUGUGGUCAGAGCAUUCUCAGUACUGGAUGGUAUUGGGAAAGGUUUAGAUCCUAGAUUUGAUAUUACAGAGAUUGCUAAGCCUUAUGCCAUGGAGUUGCUCAGAUUUAAUGAAGCUGGUGUUGAAGUACUUGUUAAGGAUGCAAGGAAGCGAUGGGACAGGCAAUCUCGUGCAUUCUACAAUGUGUUCCGUCAACCUGACAGAGUUGAAAAACUUGCACAGAUCAUUGAGCGUUUGGAGCAAGGUGAUCUCAAGCUUCGUGUCAGAGCAUUAGAAUCAGAAAGAUCGUUUCAAAGAGUUGCCGCUGUACAGAAAACAAUUGGAUAUGGAGUGGCUGCCGGGAGUUUGGUAAACCUCGCUACCAUUCUGCACCUCAAUUCGAUCCGGAUGCCAGCAACCAUCGGAUACUGUCUUUGUGCGUUCUUUGGGCUACAAAUCCUGCUUGGCGUUCUCAAGGUGAAGAAGCUGGACCAACAAGAGAGAUUGAUAACCGGCACUGCCUGAGUUCACCAAUCGACCAGUGAGAGCUGAUCCAAAAGAUUUCAGUGUAAUACGUUGCGGUUAUCAUCCGCUUUUUCUUUUCCUUUUGCCUGUGUGCAGUUUUACCUCAGAGGUGGUGUAGCAUAGCCAUCGGCGUACGAGUAUGAAAUCUUUGUACAUGCGGUGUAAUAGAUGAAGAGAUGUACAUACUGUACAAUUGCAGAGUAAAUAUAAGCAGUAUAGCACAGCUUGUGCAACCUGUUUCAUUUUC